AUGCUCGAAUUGGAUCACGAGAAUGGGCCGAACCCCAAGUGCUUCUAUACGUCUUCCAUGCUGCCAUCCUUCGUCGACCACAAGCAGAUCCCCAGUAAGAAGAAGCCGUUCGCGACCAUUGGCGGCCGACCUUUUGUGCAUACUGUGGAUCUUCUACUUCCACAAGAAAACGAAGACGCUCUGCUGCAGACUCUCGGAGACGCGCACGGCAGCUUCACAUACGCGAAGGUCUACAUGAAGCCUAGUGAAGUCGUGACUGGAGAUUUCUUCAAUCACUACAUCAAGACAGGAAACAUACUCAUGAUCUCCGAAGGCCGACCAGGCAUUGAUCAUACAUUCUCACUUGUAGAGGGUGUGCUCAGACUUGAGGUGGACAAAGCAACAUAUGAACGAUUGGGGCUGGCAGGAGAGCCGAUCCCAUGCGCAGGUCGAAAGCAUGUGAAGAUUCGAUAUGCUAUCGAGCUCAAUUUGAGACUGCCGGAGAUGGUUCGCGGCCACAAGGGCUUUGACAGGAUACACUGGGCGUUCAAUAACGUUCUUGAUCGUUCUGUGACCUGGCUGUUCUACGAUCUCAAAGGAUCCAACGACGGUGCUGGACCUAUGUCCAUCCAUCAGCCUUCGAUGAAGACGGUGCAACCCAAGACAGAGACCUUGCACCAAGUCACAGUUCCCUCCUUCCCACAGACCAUCCAACCAGAUGACCAUGACAUUGCUGCGGAGCUGCUGGAAUGGCUCACCAUGGUCGCUAUGGACUCGCCGCGUGUCCGGAGUGAAGACCACCUGGACUCCUACCUGAGCCGCUAUCAGGUGCCGGACAUCAGCGAGAACGGCGUAUCAGGUGGAUCAAAUCAAGAUCUCGUUCGCCUGCGGUGGCACGGUCUGGUACCUUCUUGGAAGGCACAAGAGAUCUAUCUGGCGGCUCUGAAAGCUUCAGGGGAUGGCUGGUUCGCAAUGCAUGCGUAUGCGUUUGACGGCAGUGCAUACACCGUUCUCCAGGACAAGCAGCACACUUCGACGUGGGAGUACAUGGGUUGA